AUGGACGCCCGCCUGUACAUGCUCAACGUCGAAAAGGACCCCACCGAGGCCACGCGCAUAGCCACCCAGUCCGCAAAACGUAUCGAGAGCAAAGCGCUCAAGCUCCUGGACGUCGUGCAGUCGCUCGGCGAAUACCUAGUCGACGACGACAGGACCGUGCGUGCCAAAGCAAUCUCCUACCUCUCCGCCGUACUCUCAUCGCUCGACUCGAAAGCUCUUACCCGACAACAUGUGGCGGUAAUCGCGCAAUUCCUCUGCGACCGCCUCGACGACGAAAGCGGGCUCAAAGAAACCAGCACGGGCCUCAUCGCGCUGCAGGCCAUGGCGCGCUUCGGCAAGGACGAGGCCGUGACCGUCACGGAGGCGCUGUGCAAGGUCGACCUUGCGAAGCACCCGCAGGGGACGCGCUUUGUGGUGCUCACGCUGCUGAACGGGCUGAUGGAGAGGCAUAGGGACGCGCUGAAGAGCAUGGGCGGGAGGUUUGUGACGGGGCUGGUGGACCUGGUGGGCGGGGAGAAGGAUCCGAGGAAUUUGAUGAUUGUGUUUUCGGUCGUCAAGGUUGUGCUGGUGGAGUUUGAUAUCGUGAUGCAUGUCGAGACCCCCCACCCACAGCUGCUAUUCGACGUCGUCUACUGCUACUUCCCCAUCACCUUCCGCCCCCCGCCCGACGACCCCUACGGCAUCACCGCCCAAGACCUCAAGCACCGCCUGCGCGCCUGCAUCUCCUCCACACGCUACUUCGCCGCCCAAGUCUUCCCGCAGCUCAUCGAAAAACUCGACUCCACCUCCCCCAGCGUCAAAAAAGACGUCCUACAGACCAUCGCCGCCUGCGCCACCUCCUACGGCGCCCCCACCAUCGCAACACACUCCGUCCAGCUCUGGGACGCCGUCAAGUUCGAGAUCCUCAACUCCACCGACGAGGACGAGCUCGCGCAGGAGGCCCUCAACGUCGCCCACGCAAUCGCGCAGACCCUCUCGUUCGGCCUGAACGUGGUCCCGCCGCCGACGUCGCCGCUCGCGCGCUUCCUCAAGGGCCUCGUGAAGGAGUGUCUCAAGCUGCUGCAGGAGCCGCAGCAGAAGCAGGCGAAGCCCGCGGGGCAGGUGCUGGCGAAGGUGGCGACGGCGAGCGCGGCGGCGCACGCGUAUGUGGUGCAGACGGCGAUGCCGGCGCUGCUGCUGAUCUACAGCGACGCCGAGGGGAUCGCGAAGCAGCGGGCGCUGCUGGAGGUGCUGAAUCUGUUCCUCGAGAGUUCUGUCAAGGUGUAUGGCAGCUGGGGGGACAUGGCGGCGUACCCGGCGCUCGACAACCCGAUGGGCGAGUUCCGCGAGAAGCUGUUUGAGAUGUACUCCAAGGCGCUGAUGGGGUCGACGAAGGAGGAAGCGGGGUUCCGGAUCACGGCGCUGCGGGGGCUGGCGCUGCUGGCGAGGCUGAGGAGGUUCUUGGAGGAGGGGGAGGUGGGGAUGGUGGUGCAGUAUUUGGAUGAGGUUGCGCUGGAGAAGGGGGAGAAGGUGGAGUUGAGGGAGGAGGCGCUGAGGGGGUUGAAGGAUGUGAGCAAGUUGAAGCCGGCGCUCAUCAUGAGCAUCACUUUCCCUGCGUUCAUGGCGCAGCUGCCGGACUACGACGACGAUGAAGCGGGCAGUAGCGCUUAUACGGGCACGCUGGAGGCACUGGCGAAGCUGAGUCUGGAACGAGCGGUGUUUGAGAUCCUGCUCACCAGGAUGGUCAACAAGCUGGAAGUAAUCCUGCACGGCGGAUGCGGACCCGCCUACCCCCGCGCCAUCCUCUCCACACUUCUCUACGUGCUGCAAAACAUGCCCGAGCGCAGCAACGACGACAUGAAAGCCCACUUCACGCGGCUCGUGCCCUCGCUGCUGACAAAGACCGUGCUGCCGCUCAUCGGCGACGAGGGCUCCCGCGUCAUGGCCGAUGACUCGGUGCUGGAUGUGAGCGGACGACUGAUCAACAUCCUUGUGCGCGCGCUGGACGUGGAGCAGCAGACGGAGAUCAUCGGGCAGGUGUUUAACCUGUUUGUGCGCGGGGAGCCGUGUGAGUAUAUUCCUGCUGCGAGCAGAGAGAGGGUGGCGGCCGAGUUUAGGCCGUUUGAUGAGUCGGCGCCGAAGGAGCAGAGCGGGUGCUUUAUUAUCUUUGCAUAUGUCCUAGCGGCAAUGAGACGAGAGAUCCCCCUCCCCGUCGACUCCCUCCCCGCCUUCCUCCACUCAACCAUCCACCAAGCCGCGCACCCCAAGUCGCCCGCCCACCGCAUGAGCCACCUGCACACCGCCUCCCUCCUCACCAACAAAUGGCUGCGCACCCCGCAGGACACGCCGCCCCUGCAAGCGCUGACCAGCAGCCUCCUCGCGCCGCUCCUCUCCGCCCCGCCCACCGCCCCCCACGACGAGCUCCUCGGCAACAACCUGCGCAUCCUCUUCUUCAUCGCCAAGGCGCUGGUGCUCCGCGGCGACAAGCACGGCAUGGACAUCACGGCCGACCUCGUCGCCCUCCUCUCGCACCCAACCUACGGCGCAACAGCAAGUAAAGGUUUUGCUGCGCUCCUUGGUGAUGAUGCUGACUUCCUCACGAGGGCCAACCACGCCGUCGUGCGGCUGCUCACGAAGCAGCGCAUCUUUGCGUUCUGCGUGCCGAGGAUCGUGGACGGGUUUAAAGCCGCCGAUUCAUCACUCAAACCCCCCCACCUCACGGCCCUCUCCAACAUCCUGCGCAGCGUGACACCCCCCGUGAUCCUCCCCUCCCUCCCCACGCUCCUCCCGCUGCUGCUGCAAUCCCUCGACCUGCGCGACCCCUCCGUCAAGCUCGCCACCAUCGACACGCUCAUCGUGACCGUGCGCGAGUCUGCCGACGCCGUCAAGGAGCACGUCGCCUCUCUCGUGGGCCGGCUGCUGUCGGCGUGUGGCGACCGGGAGACCAAUCCGCCGCGGGUGCGGGCGAAGGCGCUGCGGUGUCUUGCGGCGUUCCCCGGGGCGCUGAGGGGCGAGCUGGUGUUGCCGUAUAGGCGGCAGGUGGUGAGGGGGUUGGUGGGCGUGUUGGAUGAUCCGAAGAGGGGGGUGAGGAAGGAGGCUGUUGAUUGUAGGGCAAAGUGGUUCGCGAUGGAUGAGCCGGAGGCGUAG